CGCGGUUCGAGGUCCUCGCCGACGGAUGUGGCGACGGAGUUGAGGUUCGGGGUCUGGGGCGUGUGUGCUACGAGUGCCUUCAAUCAGGUCUGUGUCCAACAAUUUGAAGAAUUGCAUCAGGCCGUACUGACUGGGAGACGCAGCCAACUCUGCUUAGCAACACCGUAAGUUGACCAAUGCUGGUUUUCUCUUAGCAUAUCGUUGACAUCCUGUUUGUCUCUAGGGAGAGUGCUUCGGACCAAGACUGGGAUAUGCGAUACCGGAUUCUAUCAUCUCGCUGAC